UUAGGGACAAUGAAGGAGGUUCCAGAGGAAGAGGAGGAAGAAGAGGUAUGGAGUUCCCGGACUACUCCACCCCCAAAGCUUCCAGGCACCCUGAUUCUGGGUGGGGAUCCUGAAGACUGGAGUGCUCCAGAACCUCCUGAUGGUGGAUGGGGUUGGGUGAUUGUGUUCGCCUCAUUCUUCUGCAAUGUUGUGGUGGACGGUAUAGCCUAUAGUUUUGGAGUCUUCCUCAUCCACUUUGUGGACUACUAUGGCACUUCAAAAGGGAAGACAGCGUGGGUGGGAUCCCUACUCACUGGAUGCUAUCUACUCGCAGGUGGUAUAGGAUUUGGAUUAAUCUACUUACCGGCCAUUGUGAGUGUGGGUUACUACUUUUCAACGAAGAGGGCUUUUGCUACGGGGAUAGCCGUCUGCGGUUCAGGAAUGGGUGCUUUCCUCUUCGCUCCUCUCACCCAGCUACUGCUGGAGACAUACGACUGGAAGGGAGCACUCCUCAUCAUGGCCGGACUUUCUCUCAACUGUGCUGUCUUUGGGUCACUCAUGAGGCCUCUCAACCCACCCUCACCCCACAACAAGGUACGUAGCAAACGAUUUUAACCACUUCACCUUACC